AUGGGCUAUACUUGUUAUAAAAACAAGCUGCAUGAAACAACACUGAUACCGAGAGAUUGUAGUGAUAUUAAAAGGAAAUGGCCAAAAGCCCACAGCGGAGUGUAUAAAAUUUUUCCAUCAGGCGGCAGAGGAUAUGACGUUUUAUGUGACAUGGAAACCGAUACUGGAGGAUGGACAGUAUUUCAUAAAAGAUUUGAUGGCUCUGUAAACUUCUACAGAAAUUGGAAGGACUAUAAACAAGGAUUUGGGUCCGUAAGAGGAGAAUUUUGGCUAGGCUUACAGGCUCUUCACGAGGUUACAGUUCACGGACAGCACGAGCUCAGGGUGGACCUUGCUGAUUUUGAGGGAAACACUAGAUAUGCCAAGUACAGCAAAUUCUCCAUUUCCAAUGAAUCAAAUGGCUACCAAAUAUUAUUAGGUGGAUAUACUGGAACUGCUGGAGAAUCCAUGGAAUAUGCAAAUGGAAUGAAAUUUACUACAAAAGACAGAGAUAAUGAUAAAUAUGGUAACAACUGUGCAAUAGUCCACGGUGGAGCAUGGUGGUUCAAAGACUGUUUCAGGGCACAUUUAAACGGGAGGUACACCAAUGACCCAAAAUCAUUGAAAGAGUGGAAGGGGCUUAUCUGGAAUACAUGGAAAGGUUCAAAGUAUUCGUUGAAGAGUGAUGUAAUGAUGGUACGUCGUCAUCAUAACUGAUAUAAAAAGGACCAGGUUUUUUGAUCUGUAAAAAG